CAAAUAUUAGUGUAAGGUAGCCUUUCACUAAACCAAAAUGGCGGAACCUAGCGAUUGGCGAAGCGAAGCUUUUCGAAGAAAAGUCAUUACGCAGAUUGAUGAAGCGGUGCGCAAUUCCAACACCCAGAUGAGCAAGUCAAGUCUGGAGAUGGAAAAUCAUGUCUUCCUGAAGGCCAAGUCUCGGGAUGAGUAUUUGGCUCUUGUCGCUCGGCUGAUACUGCAUGUUAAGGACUAUAACAACCAGAAGCAGAAGCAGCCCGGCAGUAUGGGACCAGGAGGGAUGAUUGGUGGGCCGGGAGCGAUGGGUCAGCAGCCUGUGGGUGGGACUGGGGCUAUACCUGGGCAGAUGGGAGCCAUGACUGAUCCUCUUGGGGCCCUUACACACAUGACCUUCAGCCCUUCAGGCAUGCAGUCUCAGCAACAAAUAGGGAUGGGGAUGGGUACCAACCAGCAGCAGCCACAGUCACAGCAACAGAUACAACAGCAACGACAGGCCAUGAUCAACCAGAUACAGCAAAACAGGCUGGCACAGCAGCAGCAGCAACAGCAGCAGCAGCAACAACAACAACAGCAACAACAACAGCAACAGCAGAGGCCACAUUUACAGCGGCAGGAUGCAUUUAUUGUGACGUCCUCCCAGACGGCCUCCCAGCAACCAUCAGGGGGACAGGCCACCCAGCCUACUACGCAGUUGAACUUAAUACAGUCACCACUGACUAAUAUGAUAAGGCCAUCGCCAAUAUCUCUCAGCCUAGGCCAGAACAGCCCCCAGGUGUCCAGUAACCCUCCAAGCCAGGGCCCCAUCCCAUCUCCUGCACAACAAAGUUCCCAGGGCCAACAGCCCAUGGGUUCCCCGAUGUCGAUGAUGUCUCCUGCCUCUCAGAUCGUGCCUUCACCAGGGCAACGAUCCACCCUCACUAUGAGUGUUCCCUCUCCAAGCACCCAGCUAAACACACCAGGCAACCCAGGUUCAGUUGGAGCGGCCCCUAGUCCGGCUGACCCCUCAAAUGACCCCUACCUGGAAAAGCUGAAGUCCCUCUACAAGUACAUUGAGCCCCUCAGAAGAAUGAUCAAGAAAACCGAGGAUGGCUCUGGAUCAGAACAGCGGAAACAAGAAAUCAACAAGCUUCUUAAACUAAACGAAAUUCUCACAAAUCCCAAUAAACGUGUGAGCCUCGAUACCCUGAUGAAGUGUGAGCAGGUCCUCGAGAAAAUGACCAGAAUGUCAAGUCACUCUACAGCCUCCUCUGCCCAGGGGGUUGCAGCCCAGGCGAGUGCGGUCCCUGUCAUGCCCCAGGUACACAUGUGCCAGCCUCUCCUUGACUCAGUAGGGGCCUUGGUUACCUCCCCUUCCUUCAAUCACACACUCCAGAAGACAUUUGGCCCAGCCAUGUCAGCCAUCUUUGGUAAUCAAAUCAGACCACCAAGUCCACCACCAAAGCGUCGUCGUGUGGAGGAGCCAGGCAAGUUACCGGAGGUACUGCAGGGUGAGAUUGCCCGACUUGACUCCCGCUUCAAGGUCAAACUGGACCCACUGAAGCAUGCUGGGUCCAAGGAUGUGCACCUUGUUUGCAGACUGGACGAGGCUUACCUGCCAGGUGUCCCCCCAAUCCUUGUCACCAUUCCCCAUGACUAUCCUGAGUCAAGUCCAGAGUGCUCCACCAGCCGCAAGGACUAUGAUGUUGGCCAGGUCUCUAUUGCUGACUGGGACAAGCUACCCCAGGCAAUUCCAGAAGGACACUUCCAGCCAGUACAACUGGAUGGAAAGCCCACUCUUGUGACCUUUGACCUUGAAACAACUGGCCUUAUUUGUUGGGGUAUAAUGCCCCACAUCACACAGAUUGCAGCAUUAGAGAUAAAAUCUGGUGCCAAGUUCUCGGCAUAUACCACACCACAUAAGCCAAUAUCACCUGAGGCUCAAAAGUUCACCGGAAUAUGUAUGGAUGUUGAUGGUAGAAUGACUGUACAUGGGAAAGCUGUAAAAAGUGUCUCUAUACGGAGAGCCAUUGCUGACCUUUGUACAUGGCUUGAACAAUUCCCAAAUGUUAUACUUGUUGCACACAAUGGGAGAAAAUUUGACUUCAAGAUUCUCAUGUUUACUGUCAUGAGCACAAACAGGAUAGCGAGUUUACUGAGCUGUAUAACUGGGUUUGUCGACUCACUAUCUGUGUUCAGGAAGAAAUAUCCAGGGCAGUCUCUGAAGCAAGCAGACCUUGUACAUAAUUUACUCGGCACCUCGUACGAUGCACAUAAUGCAGUAGCGGAUGUAGAGGCUCUUGGAAAGCUGCUUGCGUUGUGUAAUACAUCAGACAUAAUGUCUUAUAGCUUCAGUCCAACUGCUGUUAAGCAUUCUCUGUUAUUCAACCAGGCAAAGAACCAUAAUCUGAACUCCUUGGAACCUUUGAUCAUAGGAGGUGUUUGCAAAAAAGGAACUGCCGAGAAAAUAGCUGGAUCGGGACUAACUUUAACGAAUCUGGCUACAGUAUUUCAAAGAUUUGGUGAGGAUGGAUUAAGAAAUACAUUCUCCACAAAAAACAGCGAGGGAAUGCCAAGGGUAUCAAAUUCAAACAGAGUAUUAAAGGAAGUCAUUCCAAAACUUGCACAGUAUUUUGUGCAAAUGAAUGCAAAGAAAAACUAAGGUUGUAUUGAGAGAACUAUGUUAAGAAUAAAUGUAUUUGAAUAUGAAAAUACAGAUGAACCUAGAUAUUAACAGGGUAAAUGUAAAGUAUGCUUAUAUUAGUUGUUUGAACGUGUCUUGUAAUUUAUUAGCAGUGUUUGUAUUAAAACAAAUUGCCCCAUAGUUCUGAACUUUGUGAAAGUUGACAAACGUUGUUAAACAAUAUUGUUGUUAUCUUUCAAAUCAUUUCUGAUCUAGUAGUUUCAUGGAUACAUUUUUGAUCUGCAUUUUUUUUUACAAGAAAUUAAAUGCUUCAGCUAUACUUAAUCAAAUAGUUUACCUUCUGUUCUGAACAUUUUGUCUUUUGUUUACUGACAAAAAAAUCAUGAGCUAAAUUGAUCUCAAACAUAUUAUUUUAGCAGUGUAUUUCACUGUUUUGUUUGUUUUUGUUCGAAAAAGUAAACAUACAAGUUCUGUUUGCCACCAAUGUUUUGUUCAUACCAGACAAGUGUUUCUGGGCAUGUGAUCAGUGCUAGAAAAACUGAUCUUCCAAGGAAGAUGAGUCACUUGUAAUGGCACACCAUUUGGAGAAAAAGGAUGAAUAAUAGUAUGCAAUUUUAAAGUUCUUAUGUACCAUUUGACGUCAACUGUGAUUUCAAAUAGCUGUACACCAUGACAUCGGUAUACAACGAGGCAUAAGCAUGGGUGAAAUCUACAAAAAUGUGUUUCUAACAUCAAAUGACACACAAUUUCAAAGUUGAAGGUAUACAUGUGUUUCCAGAUUGAAAAGUCUGACCCACAGGGACAAUGUUGAGUUGGUAACCGUAACUCAGCAAGCCUUUUUUCUGGCUUCUGCACGAACCCAAGGUUCAGAUUUUCCAAUCUGCAUUGUUAACACAUAAAAGAUAAUUAAAACAUUGAACAUGUAUAUGUAUGUAUGGGCUGGAGUCCUUAAAAUGUUGGAAAAUAAAGGGUGAGAAUGAUUUUAAUGGAACCACAAUUAUUCAAAUGAAAGUUUGUACAUAUGUUGUCGGAGACAAUACACACAUUAACUGCAAGGCCUAAGACUUGAGCCGUAAUAAUUGUUGAGUUAAUGCCCUUUUUUUGGCUUAAAAAAACAAGAUGAUGGUUGGCAUUUGCUCAGCAGCUCUCUUCCAUGUAUUAAUACAAUCUAAAACUCAUACCUUUAUAAAGACUUGCAUGCUUUCAUGGAAUCAAACGCAUGUGUUCAGAAUUAAUGAAAUGGUAAUGCAAGGCUGGAUGGCCUACUCCACGGCCUGUGUUGUUUUGUUCACAAAAUUAACUUGCACUUCAAGAAUAUCAAUUUAUUUUUAUUUAUUUUUUUGCAUGUUUUUGUAUUAAAAACACUCAUAUAUACCAAGUAUGCCCAUAUUCCCCACACAAUACCAUGUUUGAUAAUUGGGUUGAAAUGUUUGUUCCAAUUUACCCUGUGUCAUAAUAAUUAUAAAAUGUUGCAAUAAAACAUUUAUUCUGAACCAAAAAUAUGGAUGCUUUAUGUUGAUAUCGGAGAUGAGAUAUAUAUUAGAGAAGGAAAUGAACUAAUAAUACAAUCCCUGUUGUUGCAAUCUCUUGAAAAUUACUGAUGAGUCAAGUGAAUUUGUAUCAGAUAUAACUGAAAAAUCAGAAUUGGUG